AUGAAGGACAACCAAGAAGAAGACCCAGCAUUUUGGGACCUCUUCUACGCUGAGUCCCCCAGAGCACGCUCCCAUGACUACUUCUUCCAAGAGGACGAAGACUCUAUCUUUGAAGCCAUUAAUUAUUUCACAGACUCUCCUGCUCUAUGGGAAUUCUGGAACGAACACAUUCUUAAAGAACAAGACAAAAAUACCAUGGUCCCUUUCCCAUGCAGUCCAACUCAAGCAUGGGUGGUGUGCCCAUUUAUAGCUAACGUUGAAUUCUCUUCAGACUCCUCAAACUCAACAUCCAACACCUUCCAUGAACCAGAACCAUGGCAAAUUGAAACUUUUUGCGCAUUAAGUGGACUCCUUCCAUAUGGAAACCAACACGACAGCAUCCAAGUGAGUGAAGCUAGCGAACAUUUCAAUAGGCAUCUCACUCAGCAUGUACUUGCUGCUCUCCAAGCUUCGAGUGAAACCAAGGUCAAUCAUUUAACUCAUCUGUGCAAACAGAGAAUUAUGCGACCAUUGGUGCCCAAGCACUCGUUCCAAAUCCUCUCUUCCAAGAGAAAUAUGAAUACAAUGAUUGAGAUCAAAUUGGUUACCAAACAAAACUCAAACUCCAACCAACAGAUCAAGCUCAAAUAUUUAGUGAAUGAUGAUCAUGUAGGAACAUGGAAUCAUGUCAAUUCCAACUCGUUCAAAAUCAGAGCAAAGGAUACCUUCAACAAAAAGAGUAAGGGAAAGUAUGUCCUCUUGAUUCAAACCCUCGACUCUGAGCAAUUCCGUGUUGAAUUCAAUUGUAGUAGAUUGGAAAAGACAAAGAGCAAUUCCAAGAAAUGUUUUGCUGGCCUCCCUGUGAAUUCCAUUGAAAUUGUGCAUCUAAUUUGUGGUGGUCAUGAUGGCAAGACUGCAACACAGCUCGUAACUUAUACAUUUGAACCAGAAUUGGGAAAGUAA